AUGAGCAAAGUCCAGAGAUUCCUGUCCAAAAGGGAUGGAAAGCGCUCCCGGGACAGUGAAUCUCAUCACCACCAUCACCCAAGUCCUUUGAGCAAGAAAGCACUUGCUCUUGCAGCUUCGAGUCCAGAGGUGAACGCCCAACAUGUGGAUCCAAAAUCUGCCGCGGACUUCUAUGGCCUGUUUGAUGCUCAAGGCAGCCCUGCCACAGCAGCAGAGGAACAAAAGAUCAAAAGCCUGAGACAACGCAUAUUGGAUGCCAAAGGCGUCCUUCUCAGACAUGCACAGAUCCUCUGGGCUCUUCGUUCUCUGGCCUCGAAUGGAGACGUCGAGGCUGCUUAUGGCCUGUUGCUUGCCAUGUCUGAUGCGUCCGAGGGCAUUGUCACCGGCUAUGAUCCGCACACAAAGCUGCUUGGAGCCCAGAAUAGACAAGGGGUCACUUGCUUCUUAGAUGCGACCCUCUUUGCCAUGUUUUCCCGUCUCGACAGUUUCGAGGCUAUGCUGUACAACACCUUCGACGAAGUGCCUCGGAAUAAGCUCGCAUUUCUUCUGCGGCUGUGGGUGAACCUGUUGAGAUCAGGGAAGCUCAUCACCACCGAUAUCACCAAAGUCCUGCAAGACACCUUGGCCGAAUGCGGCUGGCAUGAAGCUGCCGAACUCCACCAGCAGGACGCCUCAGAGGCAUUCUCCUUCAUCACGGGAAUGCUUGAUCUCCCCCUCCUAACUCUAAAGAUGGAUAUUUACCAUACCGGACGAGAGGACACCAACGAUGAUCACAAAUUCAUCAACGAACGAUUGCUCGAAGUCGCCAUUCCACCUGAUCCAACGGGCCAAAGAAAGGUGAUUACGCUCGAAGAAUGCCUAGAAGAUUACUUCAACAACCGGAUAGAGGUACGAAGGUACAUGGAGCGGCGAUCCACGAUAAACUCUGGACAUAAAGCGAGCGCCGUGCACGUCGAGGCCAUCGAAGUCGACCCCGAGUCAUCUCCCUCAGUCACUCCAGUAGCAUCAUCUCCCAGCGUCGGCUCUCCCUUACGACCAGCCAACCGCUUGCGGACACCUAGCAUCAUCCAAGAGCGGUAUUUCCCUCCGCGGGAUGAAAGCGGCUAUUCGUCGUUCGUUUCGCUGGAUUUACAGGAGCAUGCCGGGAGACCCCGGGCAGGGAGUGUUCGAAAAGAGGUUAUGAUGCCGGCGUGGCAGUUCUUCAGCCUGAUACCUUGGUACACGGACAACGCGCCAAAAAAUGAUGCACAGGUUGCUGCUCACUUCUCAACCAAGCGACCGAUCCUAGGUCUAUGCCUCAAGCGAUACUCCAUGACGCCGGAGGGCAGAGCGGUUCGCUUAGACACGCAGGUUGACAUACCAGUCGAGAUCGGAGUGCCUCAUUUCAUCCAGGAUGACCAGAUGGAGGAGGCAGGUGCGCUCUAUGGCAACUUCAAGCUCUCCUUGCAAUCUGUUGUCUGUCAUAGGGGCAACUCGGUGGAUUCUGGACACUACAUUGCCCUCGUUCGAGGCACGCCUCCACCAGGGGCUGCCGAUUCAAUUGGUCCGCAAAACACGAAAACAUGGAUGAGAUUUGACGACUUGGGCAAAGAUCGUAUCACGGUGGUGGAUAUCGAGCAGGCGCUCAAAGAAGAAACUCCAUACCUGCUCUUCUAUCAAAUUGUCCCGAUUGAUGGUGAUCCGGGACAGAUCACGGCAGGAGAAGAGUUCUUGGCAUCGAUGUUUGAGAGAAGUGCUUCACUAAGUGAGCUGUCGAGCUUGUCCGCACCGACAGAGAAUCAAGUCCGUUCCGCUCGCCCAAGCCUCGAGCUCCCGGUGCCGGAGGAUCCACGCGGUCGUUCACCUACCGAAGAGCGAAGAGUCAGCGCGGUCUCAUUCCCUGACCUACCUCAUGACCCAUCCUCGGCAAUUGCACUGAACGUCCCACAGAAUUGGGAGGCUUCCGGCACCUCCAAUCGAACGAGUCAGUCCUUAUCUCGAACACAGACCAAAACAAGCGACAGUAUCAGCCGAACGCUGUCCAGACUGACCGGCCGGAAAAGCCGUGAAGUAUUGCCACCAGACGAACGGAAGGCCGAGGUCCAUGUCAGAGAGCUCACGGACCGGAUAAUGACGGAUACGCAGGGCAAACUGGAGCAAAACACACUGCUGGGAGAACCAUCUAAAGGCCAUUGGAGGGAGAAGAGUCGUGGUCGGCUUUCCAGAAGCAGGAUGAGGGGCGAGAGGGGCGAGAAACCCGAGAGGGAAUGCAGCGUGAUGUGA